CCGGCUAACAAGUAGAUAGCCCGCGAGGUCGGGGAGGCGGCCUGCUUGGUGGCCCCAGGCCUCGUGGCCCAGCGGCAGUGGAGCCAUGGUUUCUAAACUGAGCCAGCUGCAGACAGAGCUCCUGGCGGCCCUGCUCGAGUCAGGCCUGAGCAAAGAGGCACUGAUCCAGGCGCUGGGCGAGCCGGGACCCUACCUGCUGGCUGGAGACGGCUCCCUGGACAAGGGGGAGUCCUGUGGCAGCCGAGGGGAGCUGGCCGAGCUGCCCAAUGGGCUGGGGGAGACGAGGGGCUCCGAGGAUGAGACAGACGACGACGGGGAAGACUUCACGCCACCCAUCCUCAAGGAGCUGGAGAACCUCAGCCCCGAGGAGGCGGCCCAUCAGAAAGCCGUGGUGGAGAGCCUGCUGCAGGAGGACCCGUGGCGUGUGGCAAAGAUGGUCAAGUCCUACCUGCAGCAGCACAACAUCCCACAGCGAGAGGUGGUUGACACCACUGGCCUCAACCAGUCGCACCUGUCCCAGCACCUCAACAAGGGCACCCCCAUGAAGACGCAGAAGCGAGCCGCCCUGUACACCUGGUAUGUCCGCAAGCAGCGAGAGGUGGCCCAGCAGUUCACCCAUGCCGGGCAGGGUGGGCUGAUUGAGGAGCCCAUGGGAGAUGAGCUGCCGACCAAGAAGGGACGGAGGAACCGUUUCAAAUGGGGCCCAGCCUCCCAGCAGAUCCUGUUCCAGGCCUAUGAGAGGCAGAAGAACCCCAGCAAGGAGGAGCGAGAGGCAUUGGUGGAGGAGUGCAAUAGGGCUGAGUGCAUCCAGAGGGGGGUGUCCCCAUCGCAGGCACAGGGGCUGGGCUCCAACCUUGUCACAGAGGUGCGUGUCUACAACUGGUUUGCCAAUCGGCGUAAGGAAGAAGCUUUUCGGCACAAGCUGGCCAUGGACACUUACAGCGGCCCGCCGUCGGGGCCGGGCCCGGGCCCCGCGCUGCCCGCCCACAGCUCCCCUGGCCUGCCCCCACCUGCCCUCUCCCCCAGUAAGGUCCACGGUGUGCGCUACGGACAGCCUGCAACCAGUGAGGGGGCGGAAGUGCCCUCCAGCAGUGGCAGCUCCUUGGUGACAGUAUCCACACCCUUGCACCAAGUGUCCCCCACAGGCCUGGAGCCCAGUCACAGCCUGCUGAGCACUGAAGCCAAGCUGGUCUCAGCAACAGGGGGUCCCCUGCCCCCCGUCAGCACCCUGACAGCACUGCACAGCUUGGAGCAGACAUCCCCAGGCCUCAACCAGCAGCCGCAGAACCUCAUCAUGGCCUCCCUUCCCGGGGUCAUGGCCAUCGGGCCUGGGGAGCCUGCCUCCCUGGGCUCUACAUUCACCAACACGGGCACCUCCACCCUGGUCAUUGGUCUGGCUUCCACACAGGCACAGAGCGUGCCGGUCAUCAACAGCAUGGGCAGCAGCCUGACAACCCUGCAGCCCGUCCAGUUCUCCCAGCCGCUGCACCCUUCCUACCAGCAGCCACUCAUGCCCCCUGUGCAGAGCCACGUGGCCCAGAACCCCUUCAUGGCCACCAUGGCCCAGCUGCAGAGCCCCCACGCCCUUUACAGCCACAAGCCUGAGGUGGCCCAGUACACCCACACGGGCCUGCUGCCGCAGACCAUGCUCAUCACCGAUACCAGCAACCUCAGUGCCCUGGCCAGCCUCACGCCCACCAAGCAGGUCUUCACCUCAGACACCGAGGCCUCCAGUGAGUCCGGGCUUCACACGCCAGCAUCUCAGGCCACCACCAUCCACAUCCCCAGCCAGGACUCUGCUGGCAUCCAGCAGCUGCAGCCUUCGCACAGGCUCAGCGCCAGCCCCACAGUGUCCUCCAGCAGCCUGGUGUUGUACCAGAGCUCCGAAUCCACCAAUGGCCACAGCCACCUGCUGCCAUCGAACCACAGUGUCAUCGAGACCUUCAUCUCCACGCAGAUGGCCUCUUCUUCCCAGUAACCACUGCAACCUCCUCCCAGGGGCUGGCACCUGAAGUGGGCACAGCCUGCUGGGGGUGGGGGUGGGGGGACCAGAACAUCUGAGCCUGCAAAACUUUCGCUCUCACGGAGCUGCUGCCCUUCCCUGGAAAACCGUGCCUUGGUCCCCACCCAGCCCUGCCAAUGAGAGGGAGGGUUCUGAGGUGCCCCAACCCGAGGAUGCUGCUUCAGGCACAAGGGGGGGCCCGUGGAGAGCCAGGAAGCAAAGCCUGAUCCUGGCAGGACAUGGGAGGGGCUGUUCCUGCUGCUCUGAGUCAAUCUGUCACUUAGAACAGAAGGGGACAGGCUGUGGUACCCCCAGCCUGGGCCUGUGGCGCCCCGGUGCCCCAAAGGGAACCCCGCCAGCCACUCUUCUCGGGACACAAGCCUGUGUUGUUGACUCACUGAGCUCUGAGGGUGGCCCCGUCCUGUCGCCUGUGCCCUGUCCAGGCCACUCCAUCCUGUCUCCCUUCCUGCUAUUAACCCACAUGCCCAUUUGUACUCCCAUCACACGGGCAUUCCCUGAGGGGCUCCGCCGUCGGAGGGCCUGGGGCUCAGAUGCUAAUGGCGAAGACAGAAGGGAUCUCCAGCUCCCCUUCCCCUGAGCCAUCCCUUCCCCUGGACCUCAUGACCUGCAGGUGUCUGGGACAUUUGUGCCUGAGGAUCACGCCUUCUGAUGCCAGCCUGGCAUCUUGCCUCUGCUGAGAAGUCCCCUCAAGGCUAGGAAGUCAUCCUCACUCCUGCGGGAGCCUUGUGACUCCGUACCUGGUGCUAAGUCCUGGGGCGGGAGCUCCUCUGGCCUGAAGGGCCCUGCAGGCCCUCCGCUGGUUUGGGGGAGAAGCUGCCGAGCUCAGAAGGCAGCAAGGUCUGAGCAGCUGGCAGAACGGAGGUGCCCAGCAAGAGAAGAGAGGUGACAUCAGCAGAGUGGAGCCACCCGUGUAGACAGAACUGAUGCCUGGAAGCAGGGGGCCUGGGUGGCUGAGGCAUGGGGAGAGGUCAGGCGCAUGCAGCCCCAAGGAGCCUGGGCGUGUCAGCCGGGGGCUCCCUGAGGCUGCUGCGACGACCUGAGACCAACUCCAUCUCGGGGCUGAGGCAGCGCUGCAGCCCCUGCAGUGCGCAACCAGCUAAGGGCAAGCCUGUACAUUAUUUAACUUUUAGUAAAGUAAACAAGGAACGCGUUGGAAAUUUCUUGCUUGUCCACACAUCGCCCAGAUGGGGUUGGGCAGGUGAAGGGAAGCGGAGGCAGAGGCAGAGGCGGGCAGGUGGGCAAGCAGCCUGCGGAGAGAAGGGUCCAGCACACACACCUCACCCCCCACCUGUCUUUC